UAUCAAAAGUAAUAUCCAUCAGUACUUGCCUUCGGUUGUUCGUAACAAGAUGUACAAGGGUCUGGGACUCUGUUGCGGCCUUCUGUCCUUUAGCGCCUUCAUCUCCUGUUUUGUGGCUUUGCACACGCUUAAUAAGAUUAUCCACAUCAAUUUGGACGCCGCUGUUCAUGAGAACAUUAAAUUGGACUCCACCCAGGGACACUCAGAUAUGCGUUGCCAAAAAACUCUGAUCGUGGAGAAUCUGGAUGAACCGCAUCUUAGCUGGCUGGAGCUCUUUUACAUGCGCUGGACAGUGGUAUUCACGUUGCUCUACUCAUUUGCCGCCACCCUUCUUAUCCGGGCUAAGUAUUUGGGCAACUUCGAAAUAAACCUGGCCACCUCCAAUACGAUGAUACUGAUGGGAUCCCUGCUUUCGAUGGUCUUGUUGCUAGCCACGUUUGUUCUCCAACAGCGUGAACCUUUCAUGGAAUUGUGGUGCAAUAACUUUAUUGUCUAUCACAUGUACUACAUCGCCAUGACCACCGGCAUGUCAGUGGCUUUCUUUCUUGUUCACUCCUGCAAGGAAUUCCUGAUGACGCGUCGUUUACAACCAGCCAUGAAGUAACAGGACAUAAUAAAGGAAUAUAACCCCGAAUUUAGUCGGUUGCCAUUAUAUCGAUAUAAAAAUGCUAAUACGAUUUAUGUAAUUUGAUUUUUAUUCAAACAAUUUGCUUUCAUUUGGUUGGUUGGUUUGUUUCUUUUCUCAUUUUUGUUUGUUUUUCGUAUAUUUGAGUGUUGACUGCAGUUCAGGAAAGGCAUUUUCACAUUUCUCGAAUUUUGCUUUAAAUAGUUUCUUGUGUGAGAUUUGGAAUCUAGGGGCUAAACGUUAAACUAAAUACAUCAAAUGAGUGGUUUUCGUUUAUGUUUUGUGUGGCUUUUGUUUGGCUCGUUAUGAAUUCAUAACCAAUAGUAUUUUCACGAAACGUCGUUCGAUGUUUCAAAUAACCUGUUCUGAUUGAUGGUUAAAAACUAGGGUUUUAAAAAAUCAUAAGAGCUUCAGAAUAACCCUGGUAUACAAUUUAUUGCUUGAGAUGUGAAAGAUGCGGCAAUCUCAAAACCAAAAAAAAAACCUUCCUUUUUCUCCAAUCCUCAUAUAUAUAUAUAUUUAUAUAUUGGUAUAUAUAUAUAUAUAUCCUUUUGUGUAUAAAUCUAAUUUUUAGUUUUCUUUUUUUGCUUGCAACUUAUGUACUUACACACUAGGUUCAGGGGUUAGGGGGAACUACAAAUCUUAGUGGGUAUAAGUUAGCCAGCUAGUUGGUAAUUGAUUUAUCGUACGAUAGUUCUAAUUACUCCGAUUUCGUCUUAUUUUUAUAGACUUUUGUAGACUUGCCCACCGAACUACCAUACGGACAAUGGCGGAUUGCGGGGGCUAGCACGUUUUGGUAAGGUAAUUUCAUCUUGCUUUUCGUAUUGGAUGCGGUACCUUAGAGGUCCGCUCUGGCCU